AUGAUUACGAGCUUCACGCAGAAUCUCUCGGCAGUGCUGUCGGAUCCAGGCCGAUCACGUUCUGAAGUGAAUGCGUUCUUCACUCGACAUUGGGGUGAUUCGUUCGUGCCUCCCACUACCGUACCUCGAUCGACCCUCAUACCACCGAUUUCCGAUCAACAAUUCGUUGCGCACUCGAAGAACACGAGCCAAAUCUACAAAACGGUAUCAUGGAACUAA